AUGCCAGGAAUUCUCUCCAGGACUGCUGUGCGCGCAGCUUCUACCUCCAGCGUCGGCCAUACCACCAAGGCCGCCGGUGAUAUCUCGUCCGUCUUCCCAAGUCUCCAGCCAGGCUAUAAGCCAGUACCGCUUCCUCCAAAAUUCAAAGAUUUGAAACGGCAUCUCUUUUUUCAAAACCCGGAAGCUUUGACGGCAAGUUGGCGCAGACUCUUAGAAAGUUUGGAAAGAGAGACCAAUGAAAUUAAAACCAAAGGCAGCGAUAUAAUUCCGUCCGUCAAUUACGAUGAUAUUGUCUCGGGAUUGGUUCCUGAAUCAACACUGAGGGAGAUCCGCCAUCGCGGUACUGCGGUCAUCCGCAAUGUGAUCCCUCGACAACAGGCUCUGGAUUACAAAGAGCGCAUCCAUAAAUACAUUGCCGAGAACAGGCAGGGAGUCAAAGCAUUUCCAGCUGACUCACCAGCAGUCUACGAGCUCUACUGGACACCCAGUCAAGCAGAAGCUCGCGCCCACUCGAACAUGUUCACCACCCAGCGCUUUCUCCAGCGUUUAUGGCAUUCCUCUGAUCCCGAGUCCAGAGUAUCAACAUCUCAUUCUCUUACUUAUGCGGAUCGCUUGCGCAUUCGAGACCCAGGUGAUGCAAAAUUCGCCCUCGGCCCCCAUGUUGACGGAGGCUCUCUGGAGCGAUGGGAGGAUGCCGAGUAUUCACGGGUGUACACAAAAAUCCUCGAGGGUCAAUGGGAGCAAUACGAUGCGUGGGACGUAAAACACCGCCUCAAGGCACAAAUGGAUCUGUACAAUGGUGCCGGUGCCUGCUCAAUGCUUCGCCUUUUUCAAGGCUGGUUAUCUAUGUCCGACACUGCCCCUGGUGAGGGAUCGCUACGUGUGUGCCCUAUGAUCACUCAGACCACCGCCUACGCUAUUCUGCGUCCGUUUUUCAAUGCUCAUACUCAGGAGCCAAAGUUGGAUGCUUCUUUCCCAGGCUCUGUUCCUGGAGCUUGCCAGGAGUUCAAUUCUGUGACACAUCCCCAUCUGGAGUUGGAAUCGACCAUGGUUUCAGUUCCCAAGGUGGAACCGGGAGACUAUGUGCUCUGGCACUGCGAUAUGAUUCACUCCGUGGACAAAGAGCACCGUGGAAAGGGGGACUCUAGUGUUCUGUAUAUCCCUGCCACGCCACUAUGCGAAAUGAAUGUCCAGUAUCUUCUCAAACAGCGUCAAGCUGCGAUUGAUUACUCGCCACCUUGGGACUUUCCUGGCGCCGGUGGUCCUGGCGAACGAGGUUUCAAGGGGGCCAUGGAAUGGAACAAGCUUAGCCUGGAGGGUCAACAGGCAAUGGGCCUUGGUUACAAACCCUGGGAAAUCUCGGAGCAUAUGAGUCAAGGCGAAAAGGAAGCCGUGCAGUCGGCGAACAAAGCUUGCUUCGGCGUAUAA